ACCAUUUGAUUCAUGAUUAGGAACAUCACACAAAGAAUCAGAGAAGAAAUGAUAGACUUGAGAGCCUGGAAUCAUGGCAGCAAUAAUGAUCCGGAGAAGCCGCCAAAGGCGGUGGUGGUUGGCGGAAGCAUAGCCGGGAUAUCUUGUGCGCAUGCUCUUAUUGAAGCAGGGUGGGAUGUGGUGGUGCUGGAGAAAACUUGUGCUCCUCCGACCGGCAGCCCCACCGGAGCUGGACUCGGGCUUGACCCUUUGUCCCUGACAAUCAUCCAGGCUUGGCUCAAGCAACCUCAACUUCUUCAGAGCUCCACUUUGCCAUUGUCUAUUGAACAAAAUCAAGCAACAAAUGCAGAAAAGAAAAUCAGCUGGAUUCUGACAAGGGAUCCUAACUUUAAUUUUAGAGCAGCACAUUGGGCUGAUCUACAUAGCAUCCUGUAUAAUUCGCUACCGUCGGAUAUUGUUCUAUGGGGGCAUUAUUUCCUCUCAUUUGAAAUUCCUGAUGACAAAAGAAGUGUUACGGUUAAAUGUAAAGUUCUUGAAAGUGGAGACACAGCUGAAAUAGUCGGCGAUUUGCUCAUUGCCGCUGAUGGAUGUCUUUCUAACAUCCGAAAGAGUUUCCUUCCUGAUUUUAAUCUGCGGUAUGUGAACUACAGUAAUUCGGGGAACUCAGUGACUACGAAAGUUAGUGAUGAGAUGAUUAGCCGGACGAAUGAAGAAGCUGAAAAAGUUUGGUGCCCCGAAUUAGCAAGGCUCAUGAGAGAAACAAGAGAACCAUUCCUAAAUGUGAUCUACGAUGCUGAUCCUCUGAAACAGCUUUUCUGGAACAAUGUUGUUCUGAUUGGAGAUGCAGCUCAUCCAACAACCCCUCAUGGCGUUCGAAGCACAAACAUGUCAAUAUUGGAUGCCGCGGUUUUAGGCAAAUGUCUUCAGAAAUGGGGGUUGGAAAAUCUUUGCUCAGCCUUGGAGGAGUAUCAGUUCAUUCGGCUGCCAGUUGUGUCCGAACAAGUACUACAUUCGAGGCGAGUUGGGCGCAUAAAACAAGGACUCAGCCUUCCUGAUCGCGACACUUUUGAUGCAACAAUAGCGUGUCCAGAAGAAUGUGAUGAACUUCAGCAGAAGAAUAUGCCUUUCUUCACUGAUGUUCCUUCAAUAUUAAAGGAUGAGCAACAUUUUGGCGCAACUGAGUAA